GCCAGUGUGACAUGUCCUGCGCACUGCGAGCAGCGGCAUCACCGACUGGUACAAACAACCAUUCAAUAUGUCUUCCUCCAUGGGCAGCGGGAUGUUCCCCGGCCAGCAGUCCGCUGGUCCUCACCCUGUCGGCGGCCCGGGUCAGCCGGGACUACUGUCUGGAGCUCCAGGGAACAGGGUCCAGGGCCCCAACACUCUGGUAGACGACCUAGAGGCUUCUUUCGAGGCUUGCUUUGCGUCCCUAGUGAGUCAAGACUAUGUGAACGGAACCGACCAGGAGGAAAUUCGGACAGGAGUGGAUCAGUGUAUUCAGAAGUUUCUGGAUGUCGCCAGACAGACAGAAUGUUUCUUCCUGCAGAAGCGUCUUCAGUUAUCAGUCCAGAAACCCGACCAGGUGGUCAAAGAGGAUGUGUCUGAGCUGCGGAAUGAACUCCAGAGGAAAGAGCUGCUUGUCCAGAAACACCUGUCUAAGCUGCACCACUGGCAGCAGGUUCUGGAGGAUGUCAGUGUCCAGCAUCGUAAACCGUCAGAUCUCCCUCCACCUGGACCCCUGGCCUUCCUGGAACAGGCCUCAGCUAGUCUCCCCGCUGCACCCCUCAAACAGACCUAAAACAUCUCUCUCCCUCCACCUGGACCCCUGGCCUUCCUGGAACAGGCCUCAGCUAGUCUCCCCGCUGCACCCCUCAAACAGACCUAAAACAUCUCUCUCCCUCCACCUGGACCCCUGGCCUUCCUGGAACAGGCCUCAGCUAGUCUCCCCGCUGCACCCCUCAAACAGACCUAACACAUCUCUCUCUUCUGGACAGUACAUCAUCUAGUCUCCCCCGCUGCACCCCUCAAACAGACCUAACACAUCUCUCUCUUCUGGACAGUACAUCAUCUAGUCUCCCCCGCUGCACCCCUCAAACAGACCUAACACAUCUCUCUCUCUCUUCUGGACAGUACAUCAUCUAGUCUCCCCGCUGCACCCCUCAAACAGACCUAACACAUCUCUCUCUCUCUUCUGGACAGUACAUCAUCUAGUCUCCCCCGCUGCACCCCUCAAACAGACCUAACACAUCUCUCUCUCUCUCUUCUGGACAGUACAUCAUCUAGUCUCCCCCGCUGCACCCCUCAAACAGACCUAACACAUCUCUCUCUCUCUUCUGGACAGUACAUCAUCUAGUCUCCCCCGCUGCACCCCUCAAACAGACCUAACACAUCUCUCUCUCUUCUGGACAGUACAUCAUCUAGUCUCCCCCGCUGCACCCCUCAAACAGACCUAACACAUCUCUCUCUCUCUCUUCUGGACAGUACAUCAUCUAGUCUCCCCGCUGCACCCCUCAAACAGACCUAACACAUCUCUCUCUCUCUUCUGGACAGUACAUCAUCUAGUCUCCCCCGCUGCACCCCUCAAACAGACCUAACACAUCUCUCUCUUCUGGACAGUACAUCAUCUAGUCUCCCCCGCUGCACCCCUCAAACAGACCUAACACAUCUCUCUCUCUCUUCUGGACAGUACAUCAUCUAGUCUCCCCCGCUGCACCCCUCAAACAGACCUAACACAUCUCUCUCUCUCUCUUCUGGACAGUACAUCAUCUAGUCUCCCCGCUGCACCCCUCAAACAGACCUAACACAUCUCUCUCUCUCUCUUCUGGACAGUACAUCAUCUAGUCUCCCCCGCUGCACCCCUCAAACAGACCUAACACAUCUCUCUCUCUCUUCUGGACAGUACAUCAUCUAGUCUCCCCCGCUGCACCCCUCAAACAGACCUAACACAUCUCUCUCUCUCUUCUGGACAGUACAUCAUCUAGUCUCCCCCGCUGCACCCCUCAAACAGACCUAACACAUCUCUCUCUUCUGGACAGUACAUCAUCUAGUCUCCCCCGCUGCACCCCUCAAACAGACCUAACACAUCUCUCUCUCUCUUCUGGACAGUACAUCAUCUAGUCUCCCCCGCUGCACCCCUCAAACAGACCUAACACAUCUCUCUCUCUCUUCUGGACAGUACAUCAUCUAGUCUCCCCCGCUGCACCCCUCAAACAGACCUAACACAUCUCUCUCUCUCUCUUCUGGACAGUACAUCAUCUAGUCUCCCCGCUGCACCCCUCAAACAGACCUAACACAUCUCUCUCUCUUCUGGACAGUACAUCAUCUAGUCUCCCCCGCUGCACCCCUCAAACAGACCUAACACAUCUCUCUCUUCUGGACAGUACAUCAUCUAGUCUCCCCCGCUGCACCCCUCAAACAGACCUAACACAUCUCUCUCUCUCUUCUGGACAGUACAUCAUCUAGUCUCCCCCGCUGCACCCCUCAAACAGACCUAACACAUCUCUCUCUUCUGGACAGUACAUCAUCUAGUCUCCCCCGCUGCACCCCUCAAACAGACCUAACACAUCUCUCUCUUCUGGACAGUACAUCAUCUAGUCUCCCCGCUGCACCCCUCAAACAGACCUAACACAUCUCUCUCUCUCUUCUGGACAGUACAUCAUCUAGUCUCCCCCGCUGCACCCCUCAAACAGACCUAACACAUCUCUCUCUCUCUUCUGGACAGUACAUCAUCUUUGUUUUCUUUUUGACUUGUAAAUAUUUCUGAGUCUGUUUUUGUCCUGACAGAAUAAAUGUGUUUGGAUCAGAA